GAAAAUAAAUUCUUUAGAUUUGGUACCCAAAGAAAAGAAUAUCAGUGGAAUUUUGUUCUCCGAUUCCCGGGUAAUAAAAAUGUCGAAUUGCCCAGUGUUGUUGAUAUGAAAGAAAAGAAAACAGUUUCUCCGCUUAGGCGCAUUUUAGCGAAUUGUACUGCACAGGCAAAAGAAUACGGGGCCUGUGUUGCAGCUAAAGUUCCGGAAGUUGAACGUGAUAUGUGUUUGAAAGAAUUUCUUGCACUGAAGACUUGCAUGCAGAAUACGCUCCGGGGAAAGGUUUAAUAUUUUGAGCUUUGGGCUUGAAAUUUUUAUGAUAAGAAAUUUGAGUUCUGUAGUUAAAAAUACAACAUAACCUUAGGAAAAUGGCUGGGAAAGCUUCAAGUUCACAAGCCAGUGUUGGUGGUUUAGGACCUGGUGCUGUGUCACAUGUUUUCAUACAGUAUCCCCCUCUACGUUGCAGCAUUCCUGAUCCAAGAGGCUUCUAUUAUGAUGAUGGAAAUAAAUUGCUCCUCUCUCCAACAUCAGAUCAGAUCUUUUCAUGGAAAACUGCUCCAUUUUCUCUAAAUGCUGCCCCUGACAUUGAUUCAAUAACCGAAGGGCCUAUCUGCUCCAUCCGAUUUUCUCUAGAUGAAAAGCUUAUAGCAGUUCAACGGUCCAACACUUCUAUACAAUUUUUUCAUAGAGAAACUGGGGAAAUUUUCACUCACAGGUGCAAGUCCGAGUCAGAGACUAUACUGGGGUUUUUCUGGACAGAUUGUCCAUCAUGCGAUAUUGUAGUUGUGAAAACCAGUGGGUUGGACUUGUUUGCUUUUGAUCAUGACUUGAAGUCAUUGGUCUUGGUUGAGACAAAGAAAAUGACUGUUAGUUGGUAUGUCUAUACACAUGAGAGCAGAUUGGUUCUUCUUGCUUCAGGAAUGCAGUGCAAAACAUUCCAUGGGUUUCAGGUUUCAUCUGCUGGGAUUAUUCGAUUACCAAAGUUUGAAAUGGUAAUGGCUAAACCUGAAACUAACAGUAAGCCUGUCCUUGCUUCUGAAGAUGUCUAUAUCGUCACUGUCUAUGGGAGAAUAUACUGCUUGCAAGUUGAUCGAGUUGCAAUGGUACUGCAUUCAUAUAGGUUUUACCGUGAUGCUAUUAUCCAACAGGGCUCGUUGCCAAUUUAUUCAUGCAAGGUUGCAGUGAGUGUGGUUGAUAAUGUGCUACUUGUGCACCAAGUAGAUGCGAAGGUUGUUAUACUCUAUGACAUAUUUUCAGAUUCUCGAGCUCCCAUAUCUGCUCCACUUCCUGUACUCUUGAGGGGUUUUCCAAGUUCUGAUAGUUUUACAUCUCUACCUGGCACCAAAGAAAGUGAAAGUUUAGAGGCCUCUGAUUCAAUUGGUAAUGAAGCAAUUAUUUAUGGAGAUGGCUGGACCUUUUUGGUUCCCGACCUUAUUUGUGAUAUUGCAAAUAAACGUGUAUGGAAGAUACACUUAGAUUUGGAGGCAAUUUCUGCUAGUUCCUCGGAAGUUCCAUCAGUAUUGGAAUUCUUGCAAAGACGAAAGUUGGAAGCCAAGAAGGCUAAACAACUAUGUCUGGCAAUUACACAAACAAUGAUUCUAGAAUGCAGACCUAUCACCAUGGUUGGCAAGGCAAUGGAUGUAUUAGUCACCUCAUAUGCCCUCUCUCUGAAAGCUGGCAGUUAUUUCAAGGGAACAAAGACCGAGAGGACCCCCUCGAGUGUGCCAAAUGUGGGUGGCCCAGGACAAGGCAUAGAUGUAAACACCAGCAGGGAAGAUGGACUUGGAAAAUCUGUCCAACACGAAUCUGCUUCCAGAGUCAACAUUGUAUCUGUCAGUAGGCCUGCAACUUAUUCGUCUUCAGAAAUGGAGGAUAGUUCCAGCUUUGAACCAUCAAAAAUCAGCUCGAAUGAUGCUCAAUUCGAUGGUGGCAAACAGGAUAUGGGUGCUGAAAGUUCUUCCACUGAUAAUCCGUUAAAUGCUACUGUUUCUGAGCAGCAGGAAUCUCAGUUCACUUCACCUGCAAUUUCACCCGAGGAGAUGUACAGAUUUGUCUUUGCUCCUAUUGAGGAAGAGAUGAUUGGAGAGCCUUCUUAUCUAGUUGCCAUCAUUCUUGAGUUUUUUCGAAGUACCAAUUUAGAAAAGGUCAAAGUGCAUCCAAAUCUGUACGUGUUAACUAUCCAACUAUUGGCCCGCAGCGAGCAAUAUGCAGAACUUGGUUUGCUCGUCAUAAACAAGAUUAUUGAGCCCUCGAAAGAAGUUGCUCUACAGCUGCUGGAGUCAGGUCGUCAAAAUUUUCAAAUUAGGAAACUGGGCUCUGAUAUGCUGAGACAGAUUUCUUUACAUCAGGAUUAUGUAUUGUUAUUAGCACAAGAUGGAUAUUAUCUUGAAGCUCUACGCUAUGCACGAAAGCAUAAGGUGACUACCAUCCAGCCCUCGUUAUUUCUUGAAGCAGCUACCACCUCCAAUGACUCUCAACACCUGGCCGCAGUUUUGCGUUUCUUUUCAGAUUUCAUUCCCGGCUUCCGUAGCACUUCGGAUUUCUUUAUGUACUACCGCAUUCUGAAUGAGAUGAGUUCUUCAGUAGUUGCAUGAGGGCUGAUACGAGAGGUGACAACGGAGUGAUUUCUAGUCGUAAUUAUUGGAAUACAAUGAACGGUUUAAUUAUUAUUAUUAUUUUAUUCACUGUCUAGAUAAAAUCAUGCCAAUCAUAUGAAAUGCAGAACAUAAAAACAGUUGGAAGCAGAUACCUAGCAAUGGGAAAAGAAAAGGCAAAAGAAAUAAUGACCAUGCUUUAUUUUAA